AUGCCCCAAAGAAUUUUAGAAACAGUACCAUCUGACUUGAAAGGACCCAUAUCACUAUGGUUUAAGCAAGACCGCAACCCAGAAACUAUAGAAGAGGUCACCGCACUCUGCAAAAAGUCUGACUGGAAAGAGUUACACAAAAGGUUUGAUUUUAGAAUUCAGUUUGGUACUGCUGGUUUAAGAUCCCAAAUGCAAGCUGGUUUUAACAGGAUGAAUACUUUAGUGAUCAUACAGGCCUCCCAGGGAUUGGCAACUUAUGUGAGACAACAAUUUCCAGACAAUUUAGUAGCGGUUGUGGGACACGACCAUAGAUUCCAUUCUAAGGAGUUCGCUAGAGCUGCAGCAGCAGCAUUUCUUUUAAAAGGCUUUAAGGUGCACUAUUUGAAUCCUGACCACGAAUUUGUUCACACCCCUUUAGUUCCUUUUGCGGUAGACAAGUUAAAGGCAUCCGUUGGCGUAAUGAUAACAGCAAGUCACAACCCAAAAAUGGAUAAUGGAUAUAAAGUUUACUAUUCCAAUGGGUGCCAAAUCAUUCCACCCCACGAUCAUGCUAUUUCUGAUUCAAUUGAUGCGAAUUUAGAACCAUGGGCUAAUGUGUGGGAUUUUGAUGAUGUCCUAAACAAGGGCCUCAAACAAGGCAAAUUGAUGUACUCCAGAGAAGAAAUGUUGAAGUUUUAUUUAGAGGAGGUUUCUAAAAACCUAAUAGAAACCAACCCAUUGAAGCUUGAAGUAAAAGCCAAACCUUGGUUCGUUUACACUCCAAUGCAUGGUGUUGGGUUUGACAUUUUUAGUACCAUCGUGAAAAAGACACUGUCUUUGGUAGAAGGUAAGGAUUAUCUAUGUGUUCCUGAACAGCAAAAUCCAGACCCUUCUUUCCCAACCGUUGGGUUUCCUAACCCCGAAGAAAAAGGUGCUUUAGACAUCGGUAUAAACUUGGCAGAAAAGCAUGAUAUUAAUUUACUUGUUGCCAACGAUCCAGAUGCCGAUAGAUUUUCUGUCGCUGUUAAAGAUAUGCAGUCAGGUGAAUGGAGACAACUUACAGGUAAUGAAAUCGGUUUCCUUUUUGCAUUCUUUGAAUAUCAGAAAUUCAAAAGCAUGGACAAACAAUUUCAGCACGAACAUCCAUUGGCUAUGUUAAAUUCAACAGUAUCUUCACAAAUGAUUAAGAAAAUGGCAGAAGUAGAAGGAUUCCAUUAUGAGGAUACAUUAACAGGAUUCAAGUGGAUUGGAAACCGUGCCAUACUCUUGGAAAAGAAAGGCUACUAUGUUCCCUUUGGAUUUGAGGAAGCAAUAGGCUACAUGUUUCCAGCAAUGGAGCAUGACAAAGAUGGUAUCAGUGCUUCCAUUGUCUUUUUACAAGCUUACUGUAAAUGGAAAAUAGACGACAACUUGGACCCCUUAAGUGUCUUAGAAAGGGGUUUCAAAAAAUACGGCGUAUUUAAAGAGUACAACGGCUAUUACGUCGUUCCAAGUCCAAUUGUUACAAAAGAAAUAUUUGAAUACAUCAGAAAUGUCUACACUCCUAAGGGCGUAUCAUAUCCUUCAUCUAUUGGUGAAGAAAUCGAGGUACUUUACUAUCGAGAUUUAACUACUGGUUACCAAUCGGACACGCCAAAUCAUAAGCCUACUUUACCCGUUGAUCCUACAUCACAAAUGAUAACAAUAUCAGCUAGACCAAGUAACGGUAAUGAGAAUGAGCAUAUCCGCUUUACGAUUCGCGGGUCCGGAACGGAACCAAAACUUAAGGUGUAUAUUGAAGCUUGUGCAAAUAAAGAACAAAGAGCCACUUUCUUGGCGAAAUUGACUUGGAAUGUGCUGAAACGAGAGUGGUUUAGGCCCGAUAAAAUGGAUAUAGUUACAAAAUUUUGA